UAGCUUUACCUAUGCUGUAAAUGGCAAGUACUCUGUAUAGAAGAGCAGCUUGCAAGCAGAGGAAAAGGGGUUAAGCGUGCUUUUCCUCUUCAGUUUCAGAUUACAAUGAGAAGCCUCUUGUUUCCCAGCAGGGUCCUGCUUCCAUUCCACUACAUUCGCCUUCAGAUCUCCCUGGCAGUUUGCUCUGUGUCUGUGACUGCGCUCUAUGGGGUGCCCGGGAGAUGGGAAUGACUGAAUCAUGGACAUUUGCCUGAAGGAGACUUCUCAUAUGGUAUUUAGAUUGCACCAGAACAGCUAUUGGGACCUCUAGAAGAGAUUCUUGAACAUGUCCCAGUCGGGAUUGGCAUUGACCUAAGAUAGAUUGGCUUGCAUUGUUGACCUUAAGGUGAGGACUUUACUGGGUUGGAUAACUGAAAGGGAAGCUGCCAAGGACUCCUAUCCCUUGAGAAAAUGAUUGUGGACACCUAUCUCCUUAGGGUGCUGGUGGUGCUGUUCUGCAGUUGCCAUGUUGUGCGCGCUUUGCCUGGAAACCAUGUCCACUCCAGCUUCAUCUACAGAAGACUCCGGAAUCAUGAAAGAAAGGAGAUUCAAAGGGAAAUCCUGUCUAUUUUGGGUUUACCCCACAGACCCAGACCAUUCUCCCCCGGGAAACAGGCCUCUUCUGCCCCACUUUUCAUGCUGGACUUGUACAACGCUAUGGCUAAGGAAGAUGACCACAGCAUGUUGGGGUACACACUAAGUGGGGCAAUGUUAGAGAGUAGGGGUCUGAGAAAGGGUUACCCUGUCGUUGCCAACGGCUACUCGCGAAAAGCCCAGGCUUACCGGAACGCUCCACUUACCACCCAGCGCCCACCUUUAGCCAGCCUGCAGGAUUCCAACUUCCUCAACGAUGCAGAUAUGGUCAUGAGCUUCGUCAACCUAGUUGAAAGAGACAAGGACUUUUCACACAAUCGAAGGCACUAUAAAGAAUUUCGUUUUGAUCUUACCCAAAUCCCACAUGGAGAAGCAGUGACAGCCGCUGAAUUCAGGAUUUACAAGGAUCGAAGCAACAAUCGUUUUGGGAAUGAAACACUUAAAAUUAGUAUUUAUCAGAUCAUCAAGGACUAUUCAAACAGGGAUGCUGAUCUCUUCUUGCUAGACACGCAGAGAGUUCAGACAUAUGAUGUUGGCUGGCUUGUGUUUGAUAUUACUGUAACCAGUAACCACUGGGUUAUCAACCCACAGAACAAUCUUGGGUUGCAACUAUGUGCUGAAACUAGUGAUGGUCGGAGUGUUAGUGUUAAGUCAGCCGGCCUCAUUGGAAGACAUGGCCCACAGUCCAAACAACCUUUUCUGGUUGCCUUCUUCAAAGCAAGUGAAGUCUUGUUACGCUCAGUUAGAGCUACAAACACAAAAAAGAAAAAGCAAGACAGAAACAAAUCUACAACUUCACAUGACGCCUCAAGGAUGCCAAGUAUUGGAGAUUAUAACACAAGCGAACAGAAGCAAGCAUGUAAAAAACAUGAACUUUAUGUCAGCUUUCGUGACUUGGGCUGGGAGGAUUGGAUAAUAGCUCCAGAAGGUUAUGCAGCAUUUUACUGUGAUGGAGAAUGUUCAUUUCCGCUUAAUGCUCAUAUGAAUGCCACAAACCAUGCUAUAGUUCAAACUCUUGUCCACUUGAUGUUUCCAGACCAUGUUCCUAAGCCGUGCUGUGCCCCAACAAAGUUAAAUGCUAUCUCCGUGUUGUAUUUUGAUGACAGCUCUAAUGUCAUAUUGAAAAAAUACAGAAAUAUGGUUGUGAGGUCCUGUGGGUGCCAUUAGGCUAUUUAUAGAGAAAGUAAUGGGUAUUCACACAUACUGCCACAAAAGGAAAAUGUCUGCAGAUUCUUACUUCACUACAUUAUACAUAUGUGUGUACAGUGUUAUGUAUAUAAUAGACUUUUGUAAUUUAUUUUAAUACACUCUAAUGUUUAAAUAAUAGUAAUAGUUAUAUGCUGUUUUGAUUGUUACUGCAAAAUGAUAAUUUAAUUUGGUCAGGAGAAAAGAACCUCAUGUUGUUAGGAUGAUAACAAACUGUUUUAUCCCAAUCUUUUUUCACAAUUAUUUUUUAAUUUUUAGACACUGUUGCUUAUGUUCCAUUUUUCAGUGCUGAGAAUCAGAUAGUAUUUAUUUAGAAAACACCAUUAAAGAUUGAAACAAUGAUUUGUGGGAGGUCCUUACAUUUUUUAUAUGGAUGGUGUUAGUAAAGAGUUAUUUAUUUGUGCUGCAAUAUUACUUUUUUUUUUUUUAAUAAGGAAUCAGUUUUUUCUAAUUCCCUCACUGUUCCAUACAAUGAUCAUAGACUACUUGCUCAUGAAUAAGAAGAUCAUACUCCAUUAGGAUUUACUUAAAUUACAAUACUAAUGCUAUACAUUCUAAAUAAGAAUAUUAUUUAUAAGCUGCCACAACCAUGUGUUCACUACCAUCAGAAGUAUUUGUCACUCCAAAGAGUUUUACCCCACCAAGAAUGUUGUGAACUGAAUUAUUAGUCCAUUAACUUCAAUAAACAGAAUAUAAAUCUUA